UGUGAGUGCCAAGGAAUGGUCAGUUGUGUUGUGGUGGUGCGUGCGGCAAGCUGGUGGCUGAUGACUGGUUGUGAGUUCAAGAUGGCGAACCAGCGACACCUUAUCCUGCUUAGCUUAUUAGCAGUGCAAGUGAGCCUGGCCCAGGAACCAAGACUCGUCAUCCAGCCAAACAGCAUCCUGAAGGCGGUAGGGGACGGCGCCUACGUGUCAUGCAUGGCCCAGGUGGACGACGCCGACCUAGUCACGGAGAUGAGCUGGACAGCGCCCGACGGGGAGAGAAUCACCAAUAACAAUGAAAACUCACGAAUCAGGGUGUCCACAGCAGAGGAUGGCACCACAGGCAAGCUGGACCUGGUCAUCACCAAGCUGAGGGAGCAGGACGUGGGGGAGUACACCUGUUCCGCCACCUAUGCCGGAAACAAGAAACUUGAGGCAAGGAUCGAGGUGGAAUCUUUCAUGGAGAUUGACUUUGGAGACACGCCCAGCCACCAGACACUGCUCAUUGGCCAGGAGGGCAGGAUCAAAUGUACCCCAAUGGCCAAGCCGCCACCUAUUGUUGACUGGUUCAAGAACAUAGCGCCGCUUAGGAGUGAAGACAACCGCAUCAUACAGCAGGAUGGGAUUCACAUCAAGGAGGUGACAGAGGCGGACGAGGGAACAUAUCGGUGUAGGGCCAAAGUUCCGGCCCUGGGCUCCAUGAAGCAGAUGGAGAUACAAGUGGAGGUGAACAUUCCCCCAGUCAUCAACAUUCCACCACAGAACAUCACAGGAAAGGAGCACAAGGAGGCAGUGUUUGAGUGCGGUGCCACGGGGAAGCCAGCACCAGAGUACUCCUGGGUGGACAACAACAACGUGCCGCUGGAGAACGGGGAUGACUUCCACGUGAACACUGAAACGGGAGUGCUUAAGAUCAUGAACCUCAGGCCGGAGCAGUCUGGGGAGUACCGAUGCACGGCUACCAACUCCGCUGGCGAGGACUUCAAGACAGCACAUCUCCAGGUUUACACCAAGCCCAAGGUGGAAGAAUACCUCAACCUGACAGUGCAGACCGACAACGACCUCAUGAUGAAGUGUGUGGUGAGUGGCAACCCUCCGCCUCAGGUCAUCUUCAAGAAGGAGAGUGAGCCGGGGAACUUCACCCAAGGCAUCAACACUGACGACAGAAUUAUUGUGCGACAGGAGAAGGACGACCAGGGACGGGAAGUAGGCAUUCUGGAGAUCACAGACGUGUCGCGUAGUGAUGAUGGUCUGUACACGUGCACGGCUGUGUCUGAGGGCGGCGUGACGCAGCGGUGGAACCACAUCACUGUUGAGUUCAGCCCCACCUUUGAGGAGCAGGGACCCACUGUGCAGUGGUCUUGGGAGAAGGCACCUGUCAACCUCACCUGCCUUGCCACCUCCAUCCCCAAUGCUACCAUUCAGUGGUACCUACACAAACAAGAAAUCAACGCUAAUGACCCUAAUCUGCAGAGGUUAGAGUUGGGCCCACGUGGAGUGCUCAGAGUCAACCCCAUCAGCUCCUCCUACUUUGGCUUCUACACAUGCAAGGCAACCAACACUCUGGGAACCUCUUCCCUUGACAUUGAACUGAAGGAGGCCCACCCACCAGGACCCAUCACCGGUGCCAAGGUGGAUAAGAAAACAGCCACCACCAUUUCCUGGAAGCUGGUGGACCCAGCUGAUGAUGGCGGCCUGCCCAUUCAGAGCUACAUUGUGGAGUACAGGGAGGCAGAGCACACUUGGGAGGAAGCAUUCAGAAAAAUAUGGAACAAAGGCUCUUCCUACACCAUUGACAACCUCAUUCCACUGGCAACAUAUGUCUUCCGCUUUGCUGCCCAGAGCAAGGUUGGGGUUGGAGAAUGGGGAGGUGAAAAGAGUGAAAAGAUGCCGGGACACGCCGAGCCAGAGGAGCCGCUGAUCUUUGCCGCCGCUAAGAUGGAGAUCCCUUACUCCAACCACUAUGAGCUCCAGUGGGAAACACCCCUCAACAAUGGCAAGGAAAUUGACUACUUCCAGAUUUUGUAUUAUCAGGUGAAGAAGAAGGGAGAGAGUUGGGAGGCAGUGGGAGACAAGAUGACGCAGGAAGUGCCUUAUCCCGGCACAACCUCCUACAAGAUCGAGGGACUCCUCAGCAACUCAUACUACAGGAUUGAGUUGCGCGCUCACAAUGACAUUGGCUUUUCCACUCCGGCUGAGAAAGUUAUCAAGACUGCACAUGAUCCCAAGACCCCAAAAGGUAAUGGCUCGGGCGCGUCUGUGCAAUACAGUAGCAUUGCUCCCUCCACCACUGCCCUCGUCCACGGCCAUGACCCAGCCGAGAACUCCCAGGAGAGCGGUCCCAAUGCUGGCGUCAUUGUGGCUGUCAUCAUCAUCGUCAUCUUGGUGGUGGCGGUGGUGGUGGACGUGACCUGCUACUUCACCCGAAGUGCCGGCCUCAUCGCCACCAUUGCCAGCAAGCGCGGUGCCAAGGAUAAAGAUAAGGAGACCAUGCUGGAGGACGGCAAGAAUGCAAGUGGUGACACCCUGACUGAAGAGUCCAGGAAAGACACCACACUCAAAGAAGAGAAAGAGAAAAUCCUCCCUGAGAAGGAGCCACAUAGUCCCUCUGAGAAAAACAUUGAUAACAAAUCAGAGAAACAAAAUGAUGAGAAGCAUGAGGGCAAUGGUCAGAUGAAGAUUGAGAAGGAGGAUCUCAAGCCAGAACAACCCAAUUCUGACAAGAAGGAUUCCUCAGAACCCACAGAAACCACUCCCAUGAUUCAAGGUGAUGAUGACAAGGGAGAGAUCAAGAAGGAGGAGAAUGAGGAUGAAAAACUAAAGACAAGUGAAUCAUAGAGCAGCAUACUGAAUGAUUCUCUGUGUUAACCAGCCUUCCACCUGCUAGUCUUCACCAGACCCAAGUGCGGAGUCCCUCUCUGUCUGACACAAUUCCUGGGUCAGCUGCUGCAGUGAAAAAGAGAGACAGAGAACUAACAUGCAGAUGGCUAUGUGCAUUAAGAAGCCAUAUUGUGAUAAGACAGAUUUGUAUUUUUUUCUUUUUUUAAAGCUGCUGAUUUUUUUGUAAAGUCUGCCAAAGAGAAAUAAAUCAGUGUUACAAGAAAUGCAUGUGUGUGUGUGUGUGUGUGUGUGUGUGUUGUGGUAAUGUCUUCUUCAGUAUGUGUACUGAAGAAAGUUGGCAUAGUAGCAAGUGUGUGUGUGUGUGUGUGUGUGUGUGUGUGUGUGUGUGUGUGUGUAUAAAAGAUUUAGCUCUGAAUGUAAGGCAGAUUUUUUUAUUACAUAUAUUCCAACAAGUCUCAGUUGACAAAUGAUUAUUAUUAUCAUUAUUAUUAUUAUUAUUAUUAUUAUUAUUAUUUUGAAUGUACUGCGACAUGUAUGCAAUGUGUACGUGUGAGGUACAGGUUGAAAGAGGCCGGCAAGCUUUCAUUUAAGUGCACACACAUCACCAUGUCUUUACAUAUAUUAUGUAAAUGUGCAAGUUAGCAACAAAAACUGUGUGCCGUCAUGAAGGAAGGACCCAAUUCUUGGCAUGGCAAGCAAUUAUUUACAUUUCCACACCACACACAAGUUUACAAGACAAGUUGAGGGUCAUGCCUGCCUCCCUCCCCGUUAUGUUUAGGAUGCUUAGUGUGUGUGUGUGUGUGUGUGUGUGUGUGUGUGUGUAUGUGUGUGUGUGAGUGAGUGAGCGUGUGUCUUUGUCAUCUUGCUGUGCUGAUUAUAGCCUUAUACAAUGUAAAUUAUAUUACUUAAUGUUCACAAAAUAUCUCCUAAAGUGAAAUUUAAUAUUGAACAAGUACUAAUUGAUUUCCAUGUGAAUCAGAGCCUUGCCUUGAAUGUAUCAAUAAGCUGUGUAACCAAUCAUUUGUAUGCCCGGCAACACCCCAGCCAGGGAACCACCACUAACUACUCAGGCGUGGCGUGCGGCUGCCCCAGGGAACACCAUACCACACCACCACACUACUGCACCACCAGUACUCAGGUGUGGUGUGGUGGCCGCCCCCACACCACCACAACACCACACAGUUGGUGCAGCUCCCUUGGGGCUUUUUCCCCUCAGGUUGUUUCCAGUACAGCUCAGUCAGUGAGCAGUGAGUGGCCGGGAAGGACACAAGAUCACUGAUCUAAUUCUUCCUGUUGUCUUCAAAACACAUUUGUUAAAGAUGUGCAACAAAAGUUUCCCUUCAUUUUGGGGAAGAAUCAAAUACUGGAUGCUUUAUUGUGAAUGAAUACAUUCAGUAUAAGAAACACUUGUUGUCUUCUACUUCAUCAAGGUACAUUUUUAUUUUUUGAUUUUCUUCUUAUAAAAACUAAGAAGCCUCAGACCAAAUAUUUUGUAACAUUAUCAUGUUUGUAAAACUUUGUCAGUUUUUAUACAGAAGCUUAUUUAUUUUUUCCCUGAUCUUGUAUCUGAAAAGAGUUCAUCAAACAGACUGUACUGAUUAAGAAUUUGCCAUCUAGUACUUGUGCUUCAGUUGCAAUGAAGUUGCUUAGAUAAGACUUUAAUGGUUUAGGAAUGGCAAAAGUGCAUUGACCAGUUAAUGGUGAAACUUUCCCUUGCAAACUGAAGCACGUGUGUUGCUUACAGUUUUGCUCCAUUGUCUCUCUUAACAUAUUCCAUUGAACAACACUUAUGAAUCAUCAGGUUUCCGAGAGUACCAGUUCAAUGUAACCCGAUACUGUACGAAGCAUAGCAUUCCCUUCCUCACCAGGACUGGGAUUGCCCAUCACUCAUAUUACUUCAUUACUAAAGGUUUGAACUCUGAUAGCAUCAAUUAUGUACUGUAAAAAUAAAGGAAAAAUAUGGAAGUGUUGAGACAAAAUGACCCUCACACACUAUUACUACUGCUACUACAUGUAUCUAUCUCCACUCUCUCAGCUCUAAAUAUCUACCUUUCUCUCUGUCACUAGGUUGUACUUACUUGUUGAAAGCUGUCAGAUUUUGCUGUGUAAGCUAACCACACACCCAACACCAAGCUGAUAUAGCCAGAGAACCCUUGCCUAGACUGAAAAAGAAAUAUAAUGACUGAAAUAUAUGAGGCAGAAGGAAGAGUAUAGACAUGUUUUGUUCUUAUCAUGGUUCUGUGUGAAGCAGCUUGUGAUAUAAGGAGAGUAAACCUCCUUGAAUAAUUUGUCCAAGUCCUAUGGCUUAAAUGUUGUAUCAAUUGCAAUAUAUAAAUGCUUUUAACUACAAGGCAGCAGUGUGAUAAGUCAGGAAAGGAGAAGCAUGGCUCUUACAAAUUAGAAUACUGUACUCUGUUUGCAAGACCUGUUUGUUUCAAAGCCUCAUCGGUGAUGACAAAGGAGAGAAAAGAGGAAGAGUGAGACAAAUAAUGGGGGAUGACAAGCCAGUGUGAUAUUACUCUACCUGACCAAGGACUGUAAUCUGAAACAAUUCUGUACCACACCUCCACUACUUUCAAAGGCUCUAGUUGAAGUUAUAUAGUAGUUUUAUAAGAGUGUUUUUUGUGUUCUGGUAAAAUAUUAACAGUGAUUGUUACAUUACUAACAGGAAACACUCUUGAGAACCUGGUUAUUCACCUCUGUGGCCUUUGAAAACAGUUGUGGUGAGAGACCUAAGUGUUUCUAAAUAGGGCCCGCUCCAGGACUCCAUGCGCCAUCCUCAGUGUGUGCAGGACCAAGAUAGACUACUUAGUGUGAUACCUCACCUCUCAGUGCAAGGUCAAGAUAUGUAGACUCCUAGUGUGACAGUUGGCAUGUUGGUCGGUCACUUACCGUCAGGCUGCUGAGCUGCAGUGUUUGCAGGCUGCUGUGUAAGCUAAUGGUGCAGUGACUGGCUUUUCACUGAUCUCAAGAGUUUGCAUUGCAGUAAACACAUGUUGUAAGUAACGAAUGUAGAACCUGCAGUAUUAGUAUUUUUACUUUGUUACUACAGGAAUGAAGGUCUGAGUGUGAAGGAGUCAGUCUCUUGUUUUGCCAACCUCAUAAUAUCUUGCUCCAUUAUCUCUUUCUUAUUUUGGAGAGGCAACACUAUUUCCAUUAUUUUCAAAGUACAACAGAACCAACAGAAAAUCAUGUUUUUCAAGCUUCAUUCUCUUGGACAUUUUGGUAUGCUUGAAAAGGUAUGAGGAGAUAUAGGGUGAAGCAGCCUUCCUUCACUUGAGUAACAUGUCUGGAGGGUGAAAGGUGAAGGGUGACAGGGCCAGUGUGGGGCACCGGUGGUGACAAUGACGUGAUGGUGCCGUGGUUGCCCUGCACUGCACGGCAUCCAUCCCAUUCAGCGUGGUAGUAUAAGGCCAGCUUUUUUUAUUGUGAUUAUGUAUGAUUAAGCUUGUCUGUAAUCUUGUGUGGUGAAAAUAUAAUAUCUAGUAUUA